AUGAAGACCUGGCUUGGAACACAGCACUUUGAUGAUGACGCGGAACUGCGGGCGGGCGUGACUGACUGGCUCAAAUCUCAGGUGGCUGAAUUUUACGACAAUGGAAUUACAAAGCUUGUUCACCUCUAUGGGAAUACCUCAAAACUGAUUGGUGCUGCAGGCCUCGGCUGGUGUGGAGAAAGCUGCACGCACGCAUCAGGUGCUCAAGCGUUAGAUGCUUGCAUGAUCACCGAAUUGGUAGUGGAACAGGGACUCAAGUUUAUCCCCAGAAUUCCAAAAGACAGGAAGCAAGUGAUUCUCAUCUCCUCGGUGUUGGUGCUUUUGACUGCAGCAAUUAUUGCAGCCAUUCUCAUUGGGGUUUAUAUUACUCAGGAAUACACUGAAAGGAUAAUCAAAACCAUCAGCAACGGAAAGGAUGGUCAGACAGUGGAGCGUACCAUGAUGGUGAACAACCAGGAAAGAGUGGCUGCAUUUUUGAUCAAGACCAAUAAGACUUCUGCAACAGUUGUCUAUGACUACAAAAAUCAUCUGAUUGGCAUCCGAAUUCAGGAUAAGAAACAAUGCUCAGUGGUGGCAAUGGAUUCAAUUGAAGUUCCCAGUUUACAUGAAGUUGCCCGCAGAAUCGAACAUUUUGAUGAACAGGUUUCAGAAAGCAACGGUUUGGUCUACAGCUUCAAAAAGGGAAAACUAGCUGUUCGCACCACUCUUGGAACAACUAUAAAUAUCCUUUGUAGUGAUAUCCCUAUAUACUGGGCUGAGACGGGACAAGGACAGCCAAAGGGCCACCAGAUGCGAUUUAGGAGCCGUAAAAUCGCCUGGUCUGGUUUAGCCCAAUCUAUGAAUGGAGAUUACAAUCUUACUGAUUCUCUUCGUAGUGAGAUGUGUUAG